AUGGGAACACUUGCUGGACAUCUAGUCCCGGGCUCAGCCCUUGCACUCCUUGGCUUAUGGCACAUCAUCAAUACAAUCAAAUCCUUCCACCUUAAAGACCCAACCCACUUCAGAUCAAGCUUUUGGCACCCCUUUUGGAGCUCUGUCUCAAAGCUAGCAUACAUGGAGCUCAUUCUUAUUAUCUUUUUCUCCUUAUUUUCCAUAAUCAUGCAAGUUUUAGACUACCCUUUGUUCUCAUUCACUUUCAAGUUCAACAACUUCGAGCAUGCCACCAGGUUCCUCCAUCUUCUCAUAUAUUCCUGUUUUACCCUUUUUAGCGAGCUCAAUAACAAAUCCGACACCCUAUUCGAGGUGUCCGGAAUCCUAGCUACUUCUGUUUUUGGUCAAGAACUUUUCUUACUCUAUUAUCACUCAACCGAUCAUGUUGGACUUGAGGGACAUUACCAUUGGUUAAUGCAACUUAUAGUGUUUAUCUCUCUUCUAUCAUCUUUAUCUGUCACCACUUUCCGAUCAAGCUUUCCUUCGUCCCUAGUUCUUUCUAUAUCUGUUGCAUUUCAGGGGUUUUGGUUCAUUAACAUGGGAUUCAUGUUAUGGGUUCCUGAGUUUGCGCCCAAAGGGUGCACCAUAAGGUUGGGCCAUGGUGGUGACAGCGACAUGCAUGGUGCAGUCGUGUGUGGGACCCAUGACGCGUUUUUAAGAGCUAGAGCACUUGCUAAUUUGCAGUUUAGUUGGAUACUUGCUGGGGUUUUGAUCUUUGUGGGAUGUGUAUGUUUAUUUUUUCCAAAAAAGAUUGCUAAUAGGGGUCAGUCGAUUCAGUAUGAAAGACUUCAUAGCAGAGUUGCUGAGGUCCCUCUCUCAGUUGUCGGAUUCAAGAACUAA